AUGGUCGAUGCACUUUCCACCCUCGCCGGCGACAUACCGUCUCCGCCUCUGUCUGUCAAUGCUCCCGACCCAAAAAUCCAAAAGCCUUAUGUCAACGAAUCCCCUAAAAAGGGUCGAAAGAGGGUCGCCUCCUCUGUUGAACCAAUGGUGGCGAAACCUCCGAAGAAGCAACGGGCGCCUUCGACCCCACCUCCGCAGGUAUCCGAAGAAGUGCCUGUGGAGGAGAACGAAGACUCGGAUGGGAGUGUGCACUCACACAUUUUUUCUCCAUCAAAAGCACCUCCCAGAACUCCACCUACCCCUACACGGCAAAAGAAGGCUCCAUCCCAGAAGACUCCGACAAAGGUGGAUCCUAGGGCUUCCCCGAUAAUUAAAGAGGUUCCUACCCCCCGGGAUUCAGAAAGGACUCCCACUGCAUCGCCCCAUAUCGAUCUCCAGGACUUGAGCCUCCGACAAAAUGCUGAUCUUCAGAUAGACACGGAACUCAAUGAGGAGAAGAUCGAAUGGGAUUCCAAUGAGGCUUGUGAGAGGGAACUCGACGAGUUCGAACACAAGAAGGAAGAGCGUCUUCGUCAGCGGGAAGCCUUCGAUCAGCAAAUAUCUGACUACCAAGCUCAAAUUGCUGAACUCCAUAAAAAGAUUCCUGAAGUGGAAGUGCAGAAAGCUUCCUUGGAGACAGUUGAGGGGAUCCUGAGCAGGAGGCGAUCGACAUUGAGGUUUUGA